UAUUGAGAUACUCCAAAAAAAAAUCUCCCAGAUGACUUGAGGACUAUAUUCCUGCAGAUGCAACUGGUUGGUCUUUCCUCUUUGUAUUUACGCCUGGAGAAAAAUCAAAAUAAACGUGUGAAACGAAAAUUUCCAAUAAAAAUAUUGGGAUAACCUCACAUGAUGCUCUGGGAAGAGAAGGGUAAAAUGAAGCCGGGUCAGGACGCCAUAGUAGAAGAUAAACUGAUAAGAUAGGAGUUGAUGGCAGCAAGAGUUGAACUCACAGACCUCUGAUAGUUGUUUCAUAAUAAUCGUAACGAGUGCAACCAAAAAAUGCCUCUGGCACCGAAAUUGCGGUUUUACAAUGGAUGCGAGAUUCCUGUGCUGGGGCUGGGCACGUGGAAGUCGAAAGUAGGAGAGGUUGGACAGGCAGUGAGAUAUGCCAUUGAUAUCGGUUAUCGUCACAUUGAUUGCGCCCUGGCAUAUGGAAACGAGAGUGAAGUGGGUGAAGCUAUCAGAGAUAAAAUCUCUCAAGGGGUUGUGAAGAGAGAGAAUCUCUUCAUCACCUCGAAACUAUUCAACAACUCCCACAAGUUCGAAUCUGUGGAGAAAGCCAUCAGGAAGAGUCUAGGUAAUCUAGGGUUGGAGUAUCUCGAUCUCUACCUUGUGCACUGGCCUGUGGCUCACGAGGAUGGGGAUGAGUUGUUCCCCAAAAAUCCUGAUGGCUCCAUCAAACUUGCGGAUAUUGAUUAUCUGGAGACUUGGAGAGGAAUGGAGGAGGUGCAUGCCAAGGGAUUGACCAGGAAUCUUGGAAUUAGCAAUUUCAAUUCCGAGCAGAUCAGCAGAUUGUUAGCUAAUUGCAAAAUUAAACCCGUUGUUAACCAGGUGGAAUGCCAUCCAUACUUGACCCAGCAGAAACUAUCAAAGUUCUGUAAUGAAAAGGAGAUAAUCAUCACAGCAUACUGUCCCCUGGGUUCUCCUGACAGGCCCGCGGCGAAACCAGAAGAUCCGAAAUUACUGGACGACAAGAAUCUCCAGAAAAUAAGCCAGAAAUACAAGAAAACUCCAGCCCAAGUUGUCCUUCGGUAUCAAAUCGAUCGUGGACACGUUGUAAUCCCCAAGAGCGUAACGAAGUCGAGGCUCCUGGAGAAUUUCGAUGUGUUCGAUUUCAAAUUAAGCCCCGAAGACAUCUCCUACAUCAACUCAUUGGACGUUAAUGUGAGACUCUGCACCCUCGCCGAUCGCAAGGCGAGUCCCUACUAUCCAUUCAACAUCGAGUUCUAAGAACUGCGUAUUGAAAUAUCGAAGAGUCAUUCUGGUUUACUCCACUGGGGCCAUUGUACUUUUUUUAAUAACAUUCAACAUGAAUUAUUCAGAUUACAUAAUACCUAUAAACGAUUUAUUAUAAUAAUUA